AUGUCAUUCAGAAAAACUUUGUUUAAGGCGGGUUCGAUAGCGAUACACUUUCACCCCACAGGGUCGGCGGCGACGCUACAAACUCGUACUGCAAUCAAUGUUACUUCAUUCGCCGCAUUUGCCAGCGUGUCUGCAGCUUCGCCUAUUAAGAGGAAAAUGGCAGAUAAACUAAAUGGUGAAGAACGGGAUAGCUUGCUUCAACCAUUACUUCAAUCAGGAUGGAAGGUCCAAGACAAGCGAGAUGCAAUAGAGAAAGAGUUUAAGUUUAAAGACUUUAAUGAAGCAUUUAGUUUUAUGACCAGAGUGGCUCUGAUAGCUGAGAAAAUGGACCAUCAUCCCGAAUGGUUCAAUGUUUAUAAUAAAUUACAGGUAACACUGGCAUCUCAUGAUGUGAAUGGUCUCAGUAAACGGGAUGUAAAGAUGGCUACUUUUAUGGAUAAAAUAUACAAAUGAAACAUUGGUACAAGCAUAUUAAUUAAGACGUAAUUGUGACAAUAUUACUAUCCUUAUGUGAUUAUUUGUAUAUUGUGUAGUUCUAUUAUAAAUUACAUUAUGUUUUGUUAAAAGCACAGUAAUAUAUUUGUUAAGACUUAUUGGUUAAGAUGUUGUUGUUUUUAUAAAACUCAAAACUUUAUAGUAGAUAAAUAGAAAAUAUAUGGCUAAU